ACCAUAGAAAUUAAAUAGUCUCCCACAAUGCUCCUGGGAGAGAAGGGGCUCUCAGUGACAAAGCAGAGUAGUUAUGACCGAGCUCAGCUGGGCAAAGCAAGGAUAUGAACGGUUAUGCAGGUGGGCUUCUGAGGGGGAGUGAAGAGAUAAGGCAUCCAAUCAGGCUCUGGCAACCUGCAGCCCUGCCAGUAUGCCCCUCCAACGGAUUUCUGUAGUCCCAGCACGGGAGACUGCCAGCAAUGGGAAAAGUUCACUGGGCAGAAACAAAGAGAAGAACAAGGAAGGAGAGAAUGACAAGUCCCCAGGGCGCUCUACGAGUCGAUCGAGUAACAUAUCAAAAGCAAGCAGCCCUACAACAGGAACAGCUCCCAGAAGCCAAUCGCGGCUGUCUGUCUGUCCAUCCACUCAGGACAUCUGUAGGAUCUGCCACUGUGAGGGAGACGACGAGAGUCCCCUCAUCACUCCGUGCCGCUGCACAGGAACCCUACGUUUCGUUCAUCAGGCCUGCCUGCACCAGUGGAUUAAGAGUUCAGACACUCGCUGCUGUGAACUCUGCAAGUAUGAUUUCAUAAUGGAGACCAAGCUCAAACCCCUUCGGAAGUGGGAGAAACUACAGAUGACGACGAGCGAGAGGAGGAAGAUCGUCUGUUCCGUCACAUUCCACGUGAUCGCGAUCACCUGCGUGGUCUGGUCGCUGUACGUGUUAAUAGACCGGACUGCCGAGGAAAUCAAGCAAGGCAAUGACAAUGGUGUCCUUGAAUGGCCGUUUUGGACAAAACUGGUUGUGGUGGCCAUUGGGUUCACAGGGGGCUUGGUCUUCAUGUACGUCCAGUGUAAAGUCUACGUUCAGUUAUGGCGCCGGCUGAAGGCCUACAACCGUGUCAUCUUUGUGCAGAACUGCCCGGACACCGCCAAAAGACUCGAGAAGAACUUCUCGUGUAAUCUGACCGUGGACACCAAGGAGGCCGUGGCGGUACCGGUGUCGCAAACGGGGACGAGUCCUCCGCCCUCCGUCGAAGCAGGAGCCCCAGAGGUCAUUCCCGUUUGAAGGGGCCGGUCGGAGUUCCU